AGUAGGGUUAUAAUUUUUGUUGUGCUUUUGAGUAAAGUUGAAGCAAAGGUGGAAGCAAAGAUCAAAUAUUAUCUUUAUAAUCUUUGGCAAAGAUAUUAAUAGGUGAAGAAGAGACAACUCUGCUUGUCUCUGAGUUGAAAUAAUCUUUGGUAUCAACAAAGAGGUAUUGAGGUAUCAAUAUGGAGGAAGACGAAGAAGUACAUAUUGCCCAAACACCUAAUAACAGAUUAUAUGUCUAUGAUAUUGCCCACAAGUGAGUAGUAUGAAAUCAGAGGAAGAAUUAGGGAUUGUGGAAGUUUCCGAACAAUUCAUAGAUGAAGAAGGAGUUCAUGAAAGAGGAGAAUAUAGAAUUAAGAAUGAACAAAAUAAACCAUUAAACUCAGUUACAGAAGUAAAUGCAGAUCAAUUAUCAUCUGCCCCUUCUUCCGCGGAAAAGUGUCAAAAAAAUUACAUUUCUUCUACUGUGGAUGACGAAAAGCAUCUUGCAGAACAAAAAUGUGAAUUCUGUGACUACGCUACAUAUAGAAAAGAUAACCUUAGACUCCAUGUUAACUCUGUUCAUUUGAAUAUCAAGGAUCACAGGUGUCAUUUAUGUGAAUAUGUCUCUAGUAGGAAAGCAAACCUUAAGGGUCAUAUUGAGACUGUUCAUCUGAAAAUCAAAAAUCACAAAUGCGACUUAUGUGACUAUGCUGCUAGCGAAAGAAAUAAACUUGACAAUCACAUAAAAUCUGUUCAUUUGAAAAUUAAGGAUCACAAGUGUCAUUUGUGCGGAUACGCUGCAAGUGUGAAAAAGGGACUUGAAAUACAUUUGAAGUCUGUACAUUUUAAAAUCUGGGAUCACAAGUGUCGUCUAUGCGAUUUUGCUACAAAUAUAAAGAGAACUCUUGAAAUUCAUGUCAACUCUGUUCAUUCAAAAAUCAAAAAACACAAGUGCCAGUACUGUGAUUUUGCUGCGAGUGAUAGAUCUGCCCUUGGAAUACAUGUAAAAAGUGUUCAUUUGAAUAUUAAGGAAGAAUUAGAGAUUGUGGAAGUUUCCGAACAAUUCAUAGAUGAAGAAGGAGUUCACGAAAGAGGAGAAUAUAGAAUUAAGAAUGAACAAAAUAAACCAAUAAACUCAGUUACGGAAGUUAAUGCAGAUCAAUUAACUUCUGCGGAAAUGUGUCAAAAAAAUUUCAUUGGUGAUUCUACUGUGGGUGACGAAAAUCUUCCUGAGAAACAAAAAUGUGAGCUAUGUGACUAUGCUACAAAUGGAAAAGAUAACCUUAGAAGUCAUGUUAAUUCUGUUCAUUUGAAUAACAAGGAUCAUAGGUGUCAUUUAUGUGAAUAUUACUCAAAUAGGAAAGGAAGCCUCAAGACUCAUAUUGAGACCGUUCAUCUGAAAAUCAAAAAUCACAAAUGCGACUCGUGUGAAUAUGCUGCGAGCGAAAGGAGUAAACUUGAAAAUCACGUUAAAUCUGUUCAUUUGAAAAUUAAGGAUCACCAGUGUAAUUUGUGCGAAUACGCUACAAGUGUGAAGAAGGACCUUGAAAUACAUUUGAAGUCUGUACAUUUUAAAAUCUGGGAUCACAAGUGUCAUCUAUGUGAUUUCGCUACAAAUAGAAAGAGAAAUCUUAACAUUCAUGUCAACUCUGUUCAUUUAAAAUUAAAAGAACACAAGUGCCAAUACUGUGAUUAUGCUGCGAGUAAUAAAUCUGCCCUUGGAACACACGUAAAAAGUGUUCAUUUGAAAAUUAAGGAACACAAGUGUCAUCUAUGCGAGUAUGGUUCGCAGAGAAAAGAUAAACUUCAAAAACACAUCGACUCGGUUCAUUUAAAUAUCAAGAAAUACCAGUGUCACUUAUGCGAAUAUACCGCAACUCAGGAAAGUAACCUUGGAGCACACAUGAAGUUCUCCCAUUUGGAUGUAAAGGCACACAAGUGUCACUUAUGCGAAUAUGCUGCUUGUGUGAAGCAAAAACUUGAUGAUCACAUAAAAUCUAUCCAUUUGAAAAUUAACGAUCAAAAGUGCCAUUUGUGUGAGUAUGCUACCAACACGAACCAGUCACUCAAUCAACAUUUGAAAUCUGUUCAUUUAAAUGACACUGUUCGUUUAAACGACACUGUUCAUUCGAGUGGCGCUGACGACAGUGUUCAUUCGAAUACCAAGAAUCAUGAUUGUACCUUAUGUGAUUUUGUAGCGGAUACUGAACAUGCACUUGAAAAACAUAUGAGAUCCGUUCACUGGAAGAUUGAUGAUUUUCACAGAUGCCACCUGUGCGAUUUUUUUACAGUCAAAAUGGGCGUUCUUAAGAAUCACAUCGACUGCGUUCAUUUGAACAUCAAGCAUCACAGAUGUCAGUUGUGUGAUUUCGCUACAAAUACUCUGAGUGUUUUUCAAAAGCACUACGAUUCUGUUCAUUCCAAUAACGAGAAAUGCUCAGGUGUAUCUGAAAAUUUAACAGUCGAUUCUGACGAGAUGUGCUAGCUAUAAAUAGAAUAAUGAGUUUGGUCAUAAUUAGAAGUGUAUUGUUUUUGUUGAUAUACUUUUUAGUUUUGAUCGAAUUGUUUUAAAAAUGUAUUUGGAGUUAUUGAGAAAACGUAAUACGUGUUAUGUGUGAAGAAAACUACUUAAUAUUGUGUGCAGUUUAUAAUUUUUGUGCACAAUAAUUAUCUUUUCCAAUAAUUUCCUGAUACUCUUAAUUGAAUGCCUCAACAAAACAAAAAACUGUACUGUGAACAUAUGUACAAAGAUAAUUAUUAUCAUUUUAUUAUAUAACAAUUCAAAAUUACAACAUAAACAAAUAUUAACAAGUUAAAAUUAAGAUAAAAUUAAAUUAAAUUAGAAUAAUAUAAUUUCUAACAAAUAAUUAUACAAUUGUCUAAAUUUACAAAUAUAAAAUAAUCAAGAAUUUCUGUUUAAAACCAUUAACUCAAAUUCUAAUUGUUGAGUUAACCCUUCCAUAUUUUUCAUCCCAUUAGAUCUUCUAAUACUA